AUUAUCCCCUCCCUUUUCAGGUGAUGUCCAUUCCUCUCACACUCGCCUAACAGGAGUCAACCAGGGUGGAAGCCAAGCUGCUCCACAGUGAACAGGCCUUCAGUCUCCCUGCACUUCCUGUCCAUGCGGAGGCUGUGAAAUAUCCUGCUCUGAGCCUCAGAUGAGGGACUAGAAGUGUGAGAGAGAAAUCGCUCACGCAUCCAAGUCUGACUUUUGUGGCGCUGUCAGCAUUCUCAGGCUGAUGCGGCUCUUCGCUCAGUUCUUCUCAACGUGGUACCGGUUUUGCUGCCGGCUGUCUGUGUGAUCCUGGGGAACUUGUGCAUAUCAGCUGCAUUUCAGCUGGACACACUAGAGGAAGAAUGUUUUCCAGGACCAAAGGAGAAUUCUGGCUUCUGUUAUUUCCAUGAGUCUCUUCAAUUCAGAGAUGCAGUCGCUGGCUGUAUGAACCCUGAGAAGAGUCCAGACCCCUGGCCUGCCAGCAACUCAGUGCUCACUAGUCACAGGUGCUCCCACAGUCAAGCAAAGGAGAUUCCACAGGAUACUUGAUGCAGAUUGUGUUGAAUCAGUGCUUUCAAAAUGGACAGAAGAGAGUACUGGAUGGGGUGUGAGCUCCUCUGGAAGUGAGGUUAACAAGGUUCUCUCCAAGACCUUGUGUGGCAAGAGUGGAGAGGAGGAAACCAACACUCUGUGAACAUGAGCCUCAAAUCCCCGAUAUCUGCUCCUCGGUUUGAAAGCAAAGGCAGCUACAUUUCAGCUAGAAAUGGAAGCUGUUUUCUAGUCAGGCACACUCCUCAUCCCAGAAGGGUCUGCCACAUCAAAGAGCCCUGUCGAAAAGUCAAGGAGUGCUUCAAAACCUCCAGUGAUAAUCCCUUAGUAAUUAAAAAGGAUGAAAUGAAGGUAAAAAAUCCACCAUUGACUCCAAAGCCAUGUUCUACUGCUAGUUCUUCUUCUUCAGAGGUGACGAGUACCAAGACUGCCAUCAAAGAGAACACCAUCUGCAUACCAAACUAUCUGGAUCAGGAAAUCAAAAUUCUGGAAAAGCUCUGUAACAGUUUACGCACUGAUUCUCUGGCAGAAGUUCUUCAGUGGCUGCUCCAUGCAAGUCCAAAAGAAAAGGAGUGGGUCUCAGCUUUGAUUCAUGCUGAACUGGCUGAGAGAAAUUUGUUAACUCGUCUCAGAAGAAACACCUCAGAUGAACCAGCAGCAGAGACUGGGAGGCCACCCAAAGUCAAGUCACCCUCAAAUUCAUCAGCAAAAUCGAAGGUGCUAACCAGUUCUAGGGAAGGACAUCAACAGAGGAGAGCGUCAAGUCAAGGAUCUGAAGAAAAUAAGGAAGUACUGAAAGAGGGCAAGCCUCCAUUGUUUAUAAGAAGAAAUCAGACGAAAAUACCUGUUGCAGAAUAUUUCAGCAAGCCAAAAUCUCUUCCCAGGCCUAAAACUCAGGAGAGCACAUUAACAAAGCCAGUGUCAGCAAGGAGUAUACAACAAGAAUACAAUCCCUCUGCCCAAAGAGCAUUUUAUCCUAUAACAUACCAAAGGUAGAAAUGUUAGACUGGGCUAAACCUUUCAGAAACACGAGUUUCACUUUGUUAUGACAUCAAUUAUGAAAAACACAUUUUUGCUAUGGAGGAAUCAAUAGCUCCUCUAUAUGGUGGUACAUGUAAAUCUCAUAGCAACUGUAUAUAAAGCUACUAAAUAAAUAUUAACGGAAAAAUUUCUAUUUGUAGUUAAUUAGUACCUUGUGUAAAAGAUGUUUGUUUAUAUACUACAUUUCUAGUCUUGGGCUACUAUUAAUAUUAAUACAUAAGCAUUGGACUCUGAUACUAGAAAAAUCAUCCAUAAUCAGAAUUUAGGCAAUUUCAAUUCAACACUACCCCAAACUCUGAUAGAAAAUCAACAACAAUAAUAAACAAACUGAAUUUUAACAUCUGAGCUACUUCUUGCAAUGUACUGUGUUCAAUAAUAUAGGACUAUUGAAAAAACCAUUUGUUAAACAAAUGUCAUAAGUUAGGAAUAAUUUUUCUUUUUAUGAGGAGGUGAGCCUUUUUCUAAUAGUCCAACUUAUGAGUCAGAAAGGAACUACUGCUGCUAGUUCCUUUCUAUUCACUGCUAAUUGUGAAUCAUAUUAACAACGUUUCCUAAUGUUGAACUUUUGGUAUUUUUAAAAUAAACCACUCUAGGGCCAUG